UUCGAAACCGUGACGCGCAGGCCCACCGCCGCCGGCGUACAUAAUCUAGCGGCCGCACCGGACUCCAUUCAAUCAUUAGUAGUUGGAACUUCACCCGGAACGGACCGAACACGGCGGUCGCGUAGGAAAUAAGUGCUUCUAGUCCUCUCACUAGGUGGGGUUUGGGGAAAUAAAAGUGUAACUAAACUGUAGUGUCCCAAGUUCCUUAGCCCAAAAGCCUAAGGAUGCAUACGUUCGGCAAAGUGUUGGCCGUCCUGUCGGUGGUUGCCCUGGUGGCGGCCGAAGUCUACUUCGAGGAAACUUUUAAGGAUGAUUCGUGGGAAAAGAACUGGGUUCAGAGCGAACACAAAGGAGUGGAGUAUGGAAAAUUCGUCCGAACUGCCGGAAAGUUCUUCAACGACGAGGAAAACGACAAAGGUCUCCAAACCUCGCAGGAUGCCCGCUUCUACGCCAUGUCGGCCAAGUUCACGCCGUUCUCCAACAAGGACGACACCCUGGUCAUCCAGUUCUCGGUUAAGCACGAGCAGAACAUCGACUGCGGUGGCGGCUACCUGAAGGUCUUCGACUGCAAGGUCGACCAGAAGGACUUGCACGGUGAUUCACCGUACCUGGUCAUGUUCGGUCCGGACAUUUGCGGCCCCGGCACCAAGAAGGUCCAUGUCAUCUUCAGCUACAAGGGCAAGAACCACCUGAUCAACAAGGACAUCCGCUGCAAGGACGACGUCUACACCCACUUCUACACGCUGGUCGUCAAAUCGGACAACACCUACGAGGUGCUGAUCGACAACGAGAAGGUUGAAUCCGGCUCCCUGGAGGAGGACUGGGACUUCCUGCCACCCAAGAAGAUCAAGGAUCCCGAAGCCAAGAAGCCGGAAGACUGGGAUGACCGUGCCACCAUCGCCGAUCCAGAUGACACCAAGCCCGAGGACUGGGACAAACCAGAGCACAUCCCCGAUCCGGACGCCACCAAGCCCGACGAUUGGGAUGACGAGAUGGACGGCGAAUGGGAACCCCCAAUGAUCGACAACCCCGAAUAUAAGGGCGAAUGGAAACCCAAGCAGAUCGACAACCCCAACUACAAGGGCGUCUGGGUUCACCCGGAAAUCGACAACCCCGAGUACGUCGAGGACAAGGAUCUGUACUUGCGCGAGGAGGUUUGCGCCGUCGGUCUGGAUCUGUGGCAGGUCAAGUCCGGAACCAUCUUCGACAACUUCAUGAUCACCAACGACGUCGAAGCGGCCAAGAAGGCCGCCGCCACCUUCAAGGACACCCAGGAGGGCGAGAAGAAGAUCAAGGAAGCCCAGGAAGCUGAAGAGCGCAAGAAGGCCGAAGAGGAAGCCAAGGCCGCCGAAGCCGACAAGGAUGACGAAGAUCUGGACGACGAAGAAGACGAAGAGAACACCCUGGGUGAAGCCACCGAAGUCGAAGACGAGGGACACGAUGAGCUGUAAGCGGUGACGAGACGAGGCCAGGCCACCCGCCCUACCUCUCUCUCAAGAUGUGCAUUUAGGAGGACGUCAUCAUCUUAACUUAUUCGAUCUUUUCUCGCAUCCCUAUAUGGAGCUACUUUCGUCAAAAAUGAUCAUUUUUGGUUUGUUGUCGUUAUAGAAAAAAUGCCGACUUCGGUGUUGGCAUUUCGGGGAGUGCUCAAACUGCAAAAAUCGGUAUUCUUAUACCGAGCGUCGGUGAAAUCUUAACACCAAAGUCGGUUGUUUUUCUUUAGUGUGUAUCAUAGCAACAGUGUUAGGGGUGACUAUGUUAAAAUAGUCACUGAAUACCUUUUCGGAAGACAAGUCAGCAUGUCGGUGGUUUAGUUUCAUAUGUUUGCGUGCGAAAUUUCAACUAGAACUAAAACAUUUGUGCUAGGAACCGAAGAGAGUGAAGGAAGCUGCGGGGUUUUGAACAGCGCACCCGUUUAGCUACAAAUGAAUAACUUGAUAAGUCUGAAUAAUAUUUGUUUUAAAAACUGUAACCGCGGGCCCAUGGCCGUAUUCGUAGUAGGCUAGAGAUGUCGCAGUUUGCUCAGUCGAUUAAAACUACAAUCUUUUAGUCGAAAACUUCGACUAAUUGAUUGUCCAACUGGAAUCGAUUGCAAAUUGGUCGUUUGAUAAAAAGCGACGUCUCUAAACAAUAGGAACAACAAUAAUGCCGAGUCGAGGCGUCGUGUGUUUCGAAUCUCCAACUAUAGAUCGACAAAAGGCGAGAGAUGAAGGACGCCGGCCACCACCAUACAGACACACACACAAAACACACACACAUUAUUGUAACAAUUUAACUGUUCUUUGUGAUUGCGACUGAAUGAAGUAAGGAAAGAGAGAAUUCAUGAUUUAUAUGGUGUAUGAUGUGCGCGUGUAUAUAAGUUUUUUCUCUGUUUAAUUCAAAUUGAAUUACUUUUUAGAAGCGUAAGAAAAGGAGGAAAACAUCUGAAUAAAUUGGUUGAAAAUACGAA